AUGUUCCAGCGGCAGCGGCUGCAAGUGCUGAAGUGGCUGCAAGUGCUGCAGCGGCUACAGAUGCUGCAGCAGCAGCAGCAGCAUUUGCAGCAGCGGCAGCCGCAUGCUCCAGCAGCAGCAGCUGUUGCUGCUGGAGCAUCCGUUGCAAGCAGCGCUGGUCUGCAGCAGCUGCACCAGAAGCACAAGCAGCAGCAGCAGCUGCAGCGUGCGUCAACAGUAGCACCUAAGACACGAACAGCUGCGGCUGCAACAGGUGCAGGAGCAGCUGGAGCAGCAGCAGCCGCUCCAGCAGUAACAAUACCACCCGCAGCAGGUGCAGCAGCAAUGAAUGCUGCAGGAACGGCUACCGGUACAGCAACGCUAUCACCUGCAGCACCUGCCCCGUGCAGCUCGCUGCUUGCAGCAGCAGCAGCAGCAGCACGCGAAGCUACUAACUCUACUUACGUCACCUCCGGCUACUAA